GAACCUUAACGUCCAGGGAAUGAGUGCACUGAAGGCAGCAGCUCCAGGGAGCGGAAGACUUUCGGGAUCUGCGGGGAAGACAAGGACCAGCCUUCGGCCAUUCGAGCGGAGCUCCCGCCGCGGCGGCUGUUAGUUCCCGCCGGGCCGCUCCGCGGAGGCACUCCUCCCGCCCCCUCCUGCCCCGCCCCACCCCGCGACCGGAGCUCCGCCCCGGGAUCGCGCUCUUCCGCCUUGGGCAGCCGCUAAGAGGGAGGGACUAAUUCCCUUACCCCCGCCCCGGGGGCACUGGGGGUCGAGACCCGCCGGGGUAAAGAGAGGCCUCGGCUCUUCGCGCCCGCGCCCCCGGCGUAGGCCCCAACUCGGGCUCCCGGGGCACCGGACAGAGCUGCCAGUCGUGUGCUCACUGAGAGGUGAGAGCCGCCGCGGUGGGCCACGAGGGGGCGCUGCGGAGCCAGGGGACACCCCUCCCCACUCCCCUCGGUCUCCCGCCUCCUCCCCUCCCGCGCGCAAAACACACUCGCCGCCGAGGCAGCGCGUUGGAGCCCGAGCCGCGGCCGGAGCGGAGCCGGAGAACGGCGGCGGCGGUGGCGGCGGCGGCACCAUGACCCUGGGCAGCUGCUGCUGCGAGAUCAUGUCGUCUGAGAGCUCUCCGGCCGCGCUGUCCGAGGCCGACGCAGACAUAGACGUGGUGGGCGGAGGCAGCGGUGGAGGGGAGCUCCCUGCCCGCUCCGGGCCCCGUGCCCCCCGGGACGUGCUCCCCCACGGCCCCGAACCUCCUCGGGAGGAAGCCGAGGCAGAUGCAGCUGAGGAUGAGGAGUCCGGCGGCUGCUCGGACGGCGAGCCCCGCACUCUAGCGCCCCGGGGGGCGGCGGCCGCAGCGGGAAGCCCUGGGCCGGGCGCAGCGGCCGCCCGGGGCGCGGCGGGGCCCGGGCCGGGACCACCGUCGGGGGGCGCGGCGACGCGGAGCCCGCUGGUGAAGCCGCCCUACUCGUACAUUGCGCUCAUCACCAUGGCCAUCCUGCAGAGCCCCAAGAAGCGCCUGACGCUGAGCGAGAUCUGCGAGUUCAUCAGCGGCCGCUUCCCCUACUACCGGGAGAAGUUCCCCGCCUGGCAAAACAGCAUCCGCCACAACCUCUCACUCAACGACUGUUUUGUCAAGAUUCCCCGCGAGCCGGGCAACCCGGGCAAAGGCAACUACUGGACGCUGGACCCGGAGUCGGCCGACAUGUUCGACAACGGCAGCUUCCUGCGGCGCCGCAAGCGCUUCAAGCGGCAGCCGCUACCACCGCCGCAUCCACACACGCACCCUCACCCUGAGCUGCUGUUGCGUGGCGGGGCUGCGGCGGCGGGAGACCCCGGCGCCUUCCUGCCAGGCUUCGCCGCUUACGGCGCCUACGGCUACGGGUACGGGUUGGCGCUGCCCGCCUACGGCGCACCCCCGCCAGGCCCGGCGCCGCAUCCUCAUCCACACCCGCACGCCUUCGCUUUCGCCGCCGCCGCUCCUUGCCAGCUGUCUGUACCCCCAGGCCGUGCCGCUGCGCCUCCACCGGGACCUCCGACGGCCUCGGUGUUCGCGGGCGCAGCUUCGGCUCCCGCUCCUGCGCCUGCCCCGGGCACAGGGUCGGGCCCGGGCCCCGCAGGCCUGCCCGCCUUCCUGGGCGCAGAGCUGGGCUGCGCCAAAGCCUUUUACCCCGCGUCACUGAGCCCUCCCGCAGCCGGCACCGCGGCCGGUUUGUCCACCGCACUCUUGCGCCAGGGCCUCAAGACGGACGCGGGCGGUGGUGCGAGCGGCGGGGGCGCCGGGGCCGGGCAGAGGCCUUCUUUCUCUAUAGACCACAUCAUGGGCCACGGUGGCGGCGGGGCGGCACCCCCCGGCGGAGGCGAGGGCUCCCCGGGAUCGCCAUUCGCGGCGGCGGCGGGUCCUGGGGGUCAAGCCCAGGUCUUGGCCAUGCUGACUGCCCCGGCCCUGGCUCCAGUGGCCGGCCACAUCCGCCUCUCGCACCCCGGGGAAGCGCUCCUGUCCUCAGGGCCUCCGUUUGCCGGCAAAGUUGCCGGUCUCAGUGGCUGCCACUUCUGACCGCGUCAGACUCAGGGCCAGUUAGGCCCGCACUUCUCAGCCUCUCCCGGGAGCUCCUGCGGUCCCAGCGGAACUCAGGGAGUCUAUUUAUGAAGUCUCCAGAUCUUGAGUCGGCGCGUGUGACUUGGCACUUCAGGCUCCACGCUCAGUCUCGCUGAUAGUUGGGCCGAAGCGGGCUCCAUCGCUCAGGGAGAGGCCCGGGUCUACGCGACGAGGUCGCAAGGCACGAUCCCAUUCCAAUUUGACCAGUGAAAGGGGAAGGAGGGAGCCUUCGCUUUUCUCCAGCCUCUGCGCCUCUCGGCAGCCCCGGAAGAAUGCUUUCCCGGAGAGAUGCUUGCCCAGGCCCUUCGGAUCCCGCCAGAAACCCCAACUGUGCAGAGAGGUCUCCCUUUCUGCCUCUCUCUCAUUCUUUCCUCGACUUUGAGGUCCUGCUUGUCCAAUAUUAUAAUUUAAAGAUAUCUAUUAUCCGCUUUGUGCUUAGAAGAAAAAUUCAACUUUCUUUCCUUGCUCUCAAGGGUCUUUGCAUCUGCCUUGCUCUCCGAAGCCCAAAGCAGUGUCUACACAGGCAAAGCUGAAUGCAGAGGUGAAGCGAGGGGGUCUCCACGCUCUCUGCAGAAAGCUCGGAUCCCACUCCACUGAGGAACAGCCUCCCUUUUCUGUGUUGGGGUGCUUUUGAAGGAACUUUUCCCCUUUCCCGUGGCCGGCUGGGUCCAGCCAUCCAGGGCCAGCAGCCCUCUCAGCGUUCUGCUCUGUCCCAGGCCCUGGGAUAUUUAUUGUAGCUAAAGGCAGUGAGGUUGGGGUGGCAGAGGUGGGUCUGGGUUAGGGACUGGAGAGGUGGGGGUGGGAUGGGCAAAGGCACAUCCUGUGGCAGGGGGUCCUGUAAUUGUGUAAAUAUCCAUACAGCGAGUGGGCUGCUAUCUGCGUUCUCUGUCCACUGGGUGUGCAUUAAUUUAGACUUCUCCACGGGCUGGGAGACUGUGAAAUUGUCCGAUGGUUUGUGUGGAAGAAAAGAAAAACCUGUCUCCCCCCGCUCCCUGUUGGUGUCAUUUGAAUAAAUGUAUGUGAAUUCCAGCAGUCACCAGCUCUGUCUGCUUGCCUGCACUCCCCUUUCCUACUCCAGGCACUUCCAGAAGAUUCCCACCCCGCUCAGGUCCUAAGCAGAGGUGGAGUAAGGAAGGGCCUGGGCAGCCCAGGCAGGCAAAGGAGGACUGGGGCUUAUCAGAUACAGGAGACAUCAUGGCCCUGGCCUUUGGCUGUUAAUGGGGCCAGGACGCUGGGAAGCCUGUGACCCCUCCAACACUUUCAUUUUCGCUCUGGUCCUCUGAAGGUGUCUGCCUAGGGUUCCGCAGAGAGGUUUAGUUUCAGAUGCACCUGGGGAGUCUCAUCUUCUAGUUUAGAUUUUAGGGCGACCUGGACAGAUCUAGAUGUUCAGUGCUCAUGGACACUGUACCCGAUAAGUUGGAUUUGGGUGAAUGUGUCUCUUGAUGCAUAUUCUGUAUGCCUUUUGUGUGGAGGGGUUUAUGGAGCCUGUGAUUUGUGUUUGUGUUUGUUGGUGUGGUCACAUAGCCUUGCUUUUUGUUUUUUUUUUUCUUCCUUUUUUUUUUUUUUUGCAGUGUGUAUGUGUGUGUUGUAUUUCAGGAUAUCUGUGUUAUUUAUUUCUACUUGUGUCCCUCUGCUUGUGAUUUUCUGUCACUGUCUUUCUGAUUGCCUAAGAGGAGAGAGGUUUCUUUUUUUUUGCCACUGUAGGGUCUUUGCAUUUGCCUGUCUGCACCCCACCAUUUCCCCCUUGGCAGAUGGAACAGUCAGAGUGAAAGACUUGAAUUGGGGACUGUGAACCCCCUCUCUCUUCCAGAGGUAUAUUAUGAGCUAAAGGAGAGUCAGUGUGGUCCUACUCUGUUCAGGUAAACCUCCUCAACCCUUGAGUCA